AUGCCUUCUUCCAUCGCCCGAAUUCAUAAGCGCCAUGCCUACAGCAAGGAUGCUCACACUUAUUAUCCGGUCCUCAUAGUAGGUGCUGGCGAGUCAGGGGUGGCCAUGGGCUGCCGGCUUAAAGAGGUCCUGGGGACAGACCAGUUCAGAAUAUUCGACCGUCAGUCCGGUAUUGGAGGCACCUGGUGGAUCAACAGGUAUCCGGGAGCUGCCUGUGACAUAGGGCAAAGACCAGCGAUAUUCUACUCCUUCUCUUUUGCUCAGAAAAAGGACUGGUCCACACUCCAUCCGUCUGGCUCAGAACUGGCACAGUACAUGGCAGAUGUAUGCGAGAGAUAUCAAAUUGUCGACAAGAUUCAGUUGAAUACCGAUGUCAAAGGACUUCGAUGGAUCGAGGAUGACGAGGAAUGGGAGGUUACGCUCUCGCACCUUGUUCCUGGAACCGGUGAUUUAGCUCAGCACGAACGAGAUCGAAUCGCAGCUCAGGAUGGCCACCACAAGGUCUAUGUCAAGACAGAAAUCGUGCGAGCCAAAGUGGUCGUCAGUGGUGUUGGCGGGCUGGUAGAACCGAAGACAUGGCCAAAGAACAUCCCAGGCAUUGAGGACUUUGAAGGCGAGGUCAUGCAUACGGCUCGCUGGAACGACAAAGUUGAGUUGGAGGACAAGAAUGUCAUCAUGGUGGGUUCCGGCUGCAGUGCUGCGCAGGUAGUGCCCGAGCUGGCGAAGCCAGAGGCCAACGUUCGAUCGAUUACCCAACUCAUGCGAACUCCUCCGUGGGUCCAGCCCGAUUUGAUCUCUCCUGAAUAUCUCCCCUUGUAUGAGAAAUGGUCAGCUACAGUGAUGACCCACGUGCCUGGACUGGCGUCGUUCGUACGAAGAGCUACUUUCUUAAUGAUAGAGAAGAGCUUCUACGAUAUGUUCACGGAUACUGCAUGGAGCCGAAGAACGCGGCCGCGGCUAGAGAAGAAUUUUUUGGACCAUAUGCGCCAAACCGCGCCAAAGGAAUAUCACGAGAUCUUGACACCUAACUACGUCCUCGGCUGUAAGAGACGGAUCAUCGACGGCACUUGGUAUCGCAGUCUCAAUGCCCCAAAUGUGGAAUUGACUACUCAGCCUCUGACAAGGGUUAAUGCGAAGAGUGUGACUCUUGGUCCGGGUCGACACUACCCAUCCCACAAGUCGGACGACGCAGGUGAGGUUAGGGAGAUCCCCGCCGACGUGAUCAUCCUAGCCAACGGGUUUGAAACCAACCAAUGGCUGCACCCACUGAAGGUGAUUGGCAGGGAGGGCAAGGAUCUUGAAGAGGUCUGGGCGGAGCGUGGAGGAGCCCAGGCAUACCAGGGCAUUGCAAUGGAUUCUUUCCCGAACUUCUUUAUGAUUUACGGUCCAAAUACGACAACAGGGCAUACUAGUGUUAUUUUUGCGACAGAAAAUGCGAUAAACUACUCGCUGAAUUUCAUCAAGCCAAUCCUGAAUGGCCAGGUCACCUCGUAUGAGGUCAAGGAGGAUGCUGAGCGUGAAUGGACUCGGCAGGUGCAGGACGCACUCCAAAAGAGUGUAUUCCGUCGUGGGGCUUGCUCCAGUUGGUACAUCACUGCCGAUGGUUGGAAUUCAACCACAUAUCCGUUCACUCAGAUUCACUAUUGGCUGCGUUGCACCUUCCCCGUGUGGCGGCAUUGGACUGCGAAACUCACGAGAAAGGGACGGAUUUUGCGAGCUAUCCGAAAAUCCACCCAAGCAUCUAUCAUGGUUGGCCUUUUUGCGGGUGUUGGCUUCCUGCACCAGAAUCCUCAGCAGAAAACUCAGUUGGUGCAGUCAUUGCUGGCUGGGAAAGAGUGGCUGGUCUCCGCGGUUUUGCAAUUGAGGCGCUGA